CAUUGGGUUCGGAUGAAUGCCGAGAAACACACUGGUGUAGGGUGGAUGGUCUAACUACUGCUACUUAUGAAACCCAGACCAUACGUCAGAUUUCGUGCAAGCAACAUUUCACAUCCAACGAUUUUUCCGAAUUGGAUAAAAGUACGUAUCCCGACCUUGAUUGCUACCCAACACCAACCUACUACACUUUUCUUCCGAAUUUAAUUAAGGUGGCCUCUCUCCCAUUCGGCAUGCAUGUGAGGGGAGGGAGAGAAUUUUGAGAAUCUUCAGAGAAAGAUGGUGAACUUGGUGGCAGCACAGAAGCCAUUGUUGCAUGGGUUGAUGAAGCUCGCGGGGCUCAGGCCCCAUACUGUGGAAAUCGAGCCUGGAACUAGCAUGAACUUCUGGGUUCCAUCCGAAACGCUCAAUAAGAAAAGUGAUGAAGGCGUCAAUGAUCAGUCGGAGAAGGAGAAGAAGAAGAAGAAGAAAAAUAAGAACAAGGCGCAGAAGCCUGUUGUGGUUCUGGUGCAUGGGUUCGCCGCUGAAGGUAUUGUAACGUGGCAGUUUCAGGUGGGGGCGUUAACGGGGAAGUACAACGUCUACGUCCCCGACCUUCUGUUCUUCGGUGGAUCCAUCACCAACAGCGACGACCGUUCCCCAACGUUCCAGGCCGAGUGUCUGGUGAAGGGACUGAAGAAGCUAGGAGUGGAGAGGUGUACGGUGGUCGGGUUCAGCUAUGGUGGGAUGGUGGCGUUCAAGAUAGCGGAGUUGCAUCCGCACCUGGUUCAGUCUUUGGUGGUGUCUGGGUCAGUCCUGGCCAUGACAGACUCGAUAAGUGAUUCGACUCUGGAGCGACUCGGCUUCUCGUCUUCCUCGGAGUUAUUGCUGCCGACAUCAGUGAAGGGUCUUAAAGCCCUUCUCUCCGUGGCCGCUUACAAGAAGCUCUGGUUCCCCCAUCGUCUUUACAAAGACUAUCUCGAGGUGAUGUUCACAAACAGAAAGGAGAGAUCUGAACUCUUGGAAGCUUUGGUCAGCAGCAACAAGGACAUCACUACUGUUCCUAAUUUCUCACAGAGCAUACAUCUCCUAUGGGGGGAGAACGACCAAAUUUUCAACCUCGAGCUUGCAAAAGCAUUGAAAGAGAAGCUGGGAAACAAGGCUUCAUUGCAUAGCAUAAAGAAGGCAGGUCACCUGGUUCAUCUGGAGCGGCCUUGUGCCUACAACAGGCACCUCAAAAGAAUCCUUGCCUCCGUGCAGGCAGAUGGAGACAAAUAAGGAGGAUUCACUUAUCCGUCUUUUAACACUGUCGACAUGUUUUACUAGUGUAUUAUUUAUAUGCAGUCUAAGAAACUUGGUAACCUCACGUUACUUGAAGAAAUAGAGGUUACUGUGAAAUUUAUUUGGAUGAAUUUUAAUAAAAAAAAAUGACAGGCUGAUUGUUAUACCUGGAAA